GCUAUAAUACUUCCGUAUUCUAGCCGCCAGCAGUUGACAUGCAUACAUACAUUCUAUGAUGCAAAAACAUGUUUUGUGACAAGUUGAAAGUAGACAAACCUAAUUCUUUCUCUUCAAGACAAUUAUGUAAUCAAAAGCAAAAUCUUGCGCUCUUCAUGGCAAUUCAAUCACUCGAGGCAUCCAAGUCUCUUUUGUCUUAAAUAAUAAUAAUAAGAUUGCUUAAUUCAGAGAUUGAUAUACAAAACAAAGUGUAGUUAUGACGGCGUAUUGCAAAAAUAUUCACACAUCCACCAUAGUUUGUGCCAUGGUAACGGCUAUGAAAUCGAGUCAUUUAAAUAUCUAUUUUUAUUUUCGCCUCAAACCUUGAAAUUCGGAUAAUGCUUGGCGGGCGGACGGGCGGGCUGGGCUAGUCUGGGCUCCCGUAAUUGCAUCCAACACAGCCCACUACCAUAUCGUAGCCUAAUAAAAGUAGAACGACCCUCUCAUUAAUGAACCUGGACGCAAUAUGGAACUCUCUUCCUUCCCCCCACCCAAUAAACUUCCACGGUCUCUCGCGUCCUCUGAGAUGCUGACCAGAGCAAACUAAGGGGGUGAAACAUGUCGGAGACCUUCGUAGAAACCCAAAUCCCGCAACAGAAGUUUUACGGAGGAGUUCAAUUCCCGUCAGUUCUCUCUCCGAACCCCAGAAAUCCCUUGCCUCUCCCUCUUUCGGCCCAAGCCGUCAGAAACGAGAAACCGCUACUCGACUCUUUGCUCCGCAACUCCGGCGCUUUACUCUUCAGGGGAUUCCCGGUGAAAACAGCCUCGGACUUCAACGAAUUCGUUGAGGCCUUUGGCUUCGAGGAGCUUCCCUACGUGGGGGGAGCCGCCCCUCGUACCAACAUCGUGGGUCGUGUUUUCACGGCUAAUGAGUCCCCUCCGGACCAGAAGAUUCCUUUUCACCACGAAAUGGCUCAGGUUCCGGAGUUCCCCUCCAAAUUGUUUUUCUUCUGUGAAGUAGAGCCUGGAAGUGGUGGAGAAACUCCUAUAGUACUUAGCCACAUUGUCUACGAAAGAAUGAAGGAGAGAUACCCAGAAUUCGUUGAACGACUGGAAGAGCAUGGCUUGUUGUAUACGCGGGUAUUGGGCGAAGACGAUGACCCUUCAUCUCCAAUCGGACGUGGGUGGAAGUCUACUUUCUUGACCAAAGACAAGAGUGUGGCUGAGCAAAGGGCUGCAAAGUUGGGAAUGAAGAUGGAAUGGCUAGAGGAUGCAGUGAAGACAAUAAUGGGUCCAAUUCCAGCUAUCAAAUAUGACAAGACAAGACAGCGCAAGAUUUGGUUUAACAGCAUGGUUGCCGCUUAUACAGGCUGGGAGGACGCAAGGAAUGAUCCUGUGAAAGCUGUUACCUUUGGGGAUGGCAAGCCUUUGCCUGCCGAUAUCAUCUACGACUGUCUUAACAUCCUUGAAGAGGAAUCUGUAGUCUUUCCUUGGCAGAGAGGUGAUGUUCUUUUGCUUGACAAUUGGGCUGUUCUUCACUCUCGAAGAUCAUUCAAUCCACCUCGCCGUAUACUAGCUUCACUUUGCAAGUAGGUUUUUUGGUUGUAUGAAAUAAUAUGCUCCUUUUGGGCCAUGUAAUGAAGAAGUGUAUAAAUAAAAGGGUUACGAUCGCACACCAAAUACGUGCAAUUUAAGCCA